AUGAAGGGCCUCACGAGAUCAGCAGUAACAUGCCUCUCGCUCCUGUGCGGGCAGGCGAUGGCGCGGAUGGCCUUUCCCGACUGUGUUAACGGCCCGGAGGUUUUGACGACGAAUCUUGUGUGCGAUACAUCUGCUAGUCCAGCGGAUAGGGCAGCUGCGCUUAUAAGUGCUUGGAACAUUACUGAGAAACUUGGGAAUUUGGUCGACAAGAGCCUCGGCGCCCCCCGUCUCGGCCUAGGCGCCUACGACUGGUGGAACGAAGCCCUCCACGGCGUCGGCUUCUCCGUCGGCGUCGCCUUCUCCCCCUCCGGCGAGUUCUCCCACGCCACCUCCUUCGCGAGCCCAAUACUUCUCUCCGCCGCCUUCGACGACACCCUCGUCCACGCCGUCGCAGACACCAUCAGCACCGAGGCGCGCGCGUACGGCAACGCCGGCAACGCGGGGCUCGACUACUGGACGCCGAACAUCAACCCGUACAAAGACCCGCGCUGGGGGCGCGGGUCCGAGACGCCCGGCGAGGACCCGUUCCGCAUCAAGGGGUACGUGAGGGCGCUGAUCGACGGGCUGCAGGGGAAGGAGGGGGUGGCGAAGGUGAUCGCGACGUGCAAGCACUACGCGGCGUACGACCUCGAGGACUGGGGCGGCGUGAGGCGCUACGAGUUCGACGCCAUGGUCGGCAUGCAGGACCUGGUGGAGUACUACCUCCCCCCCUUCCAGCAGUGCGCGCGCGACUCCAAGGUCAAGUCGAUCAUGUGCUCGUACAACGCCGUCAACGGCACGCCGGCGUGCGCGUCGACGUAUCUGAUGGGGACCGUGCUGCGAGACUUCUGGGGGUGGAGCGACGAGAACCAGUACGUCACCAGCGACUGCAACGCGAUUCUCAACUUCCACGAGGACCACAACUACACCGCCACCGCGGCGCAGUCGGCGGCGGUGUCUUUGAGGGCCGGCACGGACAGCAUCUGCGAGGUCGGCAGCAACACCGACGUUAUCGGCGCGUGGGAUCAAGCGUUGGUCGAAGAGGAAGUCAUCGACCAGGCGCUGCGCCGCAUGUACGAGGGCCUCAUCCGCGCAGGCUACUUCGACCCCGCGGACUCGAUCCCCUACAGGUCGCUCUCCUGGAAAGACGUGAACACACCCGCAGCGCAAGCGCUAGCCGUGAGAUCGGCGGCCGAGGGGAUCGUGCUCAAGAAGAACGACGGGCUCCUGCCUCUGAAGGUGGACAAUGCGACAUCGACAUUGAUCGCGCUGAUCGGCUUCUGGGCCGACGGCUCGAACUACGCCAUGCUCGGCGGGUACGCCGGGAUCCCGCCGUACCUCCAAGGUCCGCUGCAGGCGGCGCGGAAACUCGGGUUUAAGACUGUGAAUGCGACGGGGCCCGUGGGACAGGAUGCGGCGGCGGCGGACACCUGGACAGAGGCGGCGCUGGAGGCUGCGAAUAACUCCGACGUUAUCAUUUAUUUUGGCGGAAACGACAUGAGCAUCGAGGCCGAAGAGCGCGACAGAGUCUCGAUUGCGUGGCCCGGCGCGCAGCUGGUGCUGAUCAAGAAGCUGAGCGCGCUGGGCAAGCCGUUCGUUGUGGUGGAGCUGGGGGAUCAGAACGAUGAUACGCCGCUGUUAACGGACGAUAAUGUAUCUGCUAUCCUAUGGGCGGGAUUCCCUGGCCAGGAUGGGGGCACCGCUGUCUUUGAUAUAUUGACUGGCACGACCGCGCCCGCUGGCCGCCUCCCUACUACGGUGUAUCCUGCCGAGUACGUAGACCAAGUGCCGAUGACGGACAUGAGUCUGCGACCGAGCGAGAGCAACCCCGGGAGGACGUACAAGUGGUACGACAAGGGCGUGCAGCCGUUCGGGUUCGGCCUCCACUACACCACGUUCAAGUCCUCGUUCACGUCUAAUGCGUUUGGGGGCGUGGUAUAUCCCAUCGAGCAGCUGUUCAUCACCUGCAUCGAAAAGUACCUCGACCUCUGCCCCUUUGAGCGAGUCGAGAUAUCAGUGAAGAACACGGGCAACCUCACUUCGGACUUUGUCGCGCUGGCCUUCUUCUCCGGCGAAUACGGGCCGACGCCUCGUCCGCUCAAGGAGCUGGCUGCGUACACCCGCGUAAAGGGGGUGGAGCCAGGAGAGGAAAAGAAGACGUGGUUGAGCUUGAAGGUGGGUGACUUGGCCCGGGUAGAUGAGAACGGGAACACUGUGCUGUACCCGGGAACGUACAACCUGUCGCUCGACGUGCCUACACAGGAAACGAUUAGUUUUCAGUUGAUUGGGGAUGCCAAGGUGCUGAUAGAGUUCCCACAGCCCCCGGCAGACUUGGGAGAAGGGAAUGGACACGAGGAGUUGUCAGGCUGAUGAGUAUUGGUGAUUGGAUUUCGGAAAUGUAUUUCAAAGCAGGGAAGUAAACUACCUUAGAAUAGCUUCUCACUCAAUAUGUAUCUAUCCAUGCUCAGAUGACGAUGAUCACGGGUUUAGGGGUUUAUGAUCUUUUUUUUGCUUCCUUGAAAUUAGUAGUAACUGCAAUAGUGUGUGUCAUGCACGGCUCCGGACAUAAAGUAUGGUCUCGGCGGAGACGUGCG